AUGACUACAGCUGACCUUAAUCUGGUCUUGGAUAAAGGUGAUGUGAUGUACAAAGAGGCCAAGAAAAGAUUCCCCAAGAGUAUUCAUUUGGCAACCGAUGAGCUGCCAGACAAAGUUGAUGCUCGCAGGUCUAUGUAUCAUGUCGACAUGACACAGCCUUCCCGGUAUGGGACAUUUGAAGAACCUCCAGAGGAAGCAUAUAAGGAUGUGAGCAUCAGAGAUGAUGCUGAGCUGUGUGAUCCAACUCUUCCUGAUGAAGAUGAGGAGGAGGAUGAUGAUGAUGAAAACAUGAAUGAGGGCGAUUAUGAUGAGGCUGAUUUAAUGGAAAUUGACAACUCUGCUGAAAUGCGCUGGCCUGAAGUGAUUGAGGCAAUAACAAGGCAGCAAGGUGAACAAAGCCACAGUAAGAACCACACAAAGACGUGCUUUAGGAGUUUAAGCUCUGGGAAAACCAAAACGGCACCCGAACCACCCUGCAAUGAGACAAUGAUCACAAGACCCAGUGAGGAUGAUGAACUGGAGGUAGAAACAGCAAAGAACAAGCUCAGACCACUGAACCAGCUACUGAAUGAACCUGAAACUGCUUCCAUGAGUUUAGAGCAGCUCUUGGCUCGAUGCAAGUUGACACAUGCAGAAUAUGAGCGAUACCUGAAUAAAAUGAACACAAGGAGUACGAUCAUACUAAAGUGUGAUCCAAAAGACUCUUGGAUAAAUGGCUAUAAUCCACAUCUGCUUGAAGCCUGGAACAGUAAUAUCGACAUAAGCUUUGUUCUAGAUGCUUUCGGAGCUGCAAAUUAUUUAAUGAAAUAUAUAUCAAAAAAAGAGGGCGGGCUUUCUGAGUACCUGAAAACUGUCAUUGAGAACUCCCAUAAGGACAGUGUAAAUGAGUGCGAUGAAAUGAGAGCCGUCAUGCAGGCAUAUUCAAAGAAGCGAGAGAUCAGUGCACAGGAGUGUGUUGCUCGUGCAUGUGGUCUUCACAUGAAGCAAUGUUCACGUGCUGUAAUAUUCAUACCAACUGAUGAUAAUCCAGUGAAAAUGAGUUGUCCCCUGUCAGUUCUGGACAACACAACACCUGAGUCUUCCAAUGUUUGGAUGACAUCUUUGAAUGACAAAUACAAAGCCAGACCUGAAACACCAGAGUAUGAGGAGAUGUGCAUGGCAGACUUUGCUGCUACUUGCAGGAUUGUCUAUGGCCAACAGACAAAAGGUAAAGAUGUUUUGCCCCUUCUCAAUGUGAUGGGAUUUGUGCAAAGGCGCAAAAACGAUAAGCCUGCUAUCAUCAGAUUUCACCGCUGCUCACAAGAAAAACAUCCAGAGCAAUAUUACGGAAGACUGCUUAAACUGUACCUUCCUCAUCGUUCAGACCAUGAACUGAAAACACCAUCUUUGCCAACCUAUCAGGCUUUCUAUGGUGCUGGCUGUGUACAGCUACCAGGUACUGACCGUCUUGAGUACGUGCAACACAUUGUAAAAAGAAACAGAGAAAAAUAUGAGAAAAACAGCGAGGAGCUCGAGAGCGCUGUUGAGGAAUAUGAGCAGAACAGAGGUGUGACUGAUGAAUGGUGUAAUCUGGCACCUGAAUCAGAUCUCGUAAGGUUGCCACUUGUCGAACAAGAAAGAGAGCGAGACAAUGAAAAUGAACAGGAAGAUGUGCCCGACUACAGCCGUCAGGCUGAUGCUUCAACAGAAGUCAGAGCCAUCAGGGAACCCCCUGCUAUUGAUCCCACAUUGUUACGUCAGAUGUUUCAGAAUCUGAAUAAGAAGCAAGCCUGCAUAUUUUAUGCAGUUAGAGACUGGUGCAUUAAAAGAGUCUGUGCUCUAAAUCCAGAGCAGUUUUUCUUUUAUAUUAAUGGUGGUGCUGGAACAGGAAAAUCACAUCUUAUCAAAUGCAUCUACUCAGAAGCAUCUAAGAUACUGAGCAAAGUGCCCAGAUUUGCAGACGACGUUGACAUAUCAAAACCCACUGUCCUGUUAACUGCUUUCACUGGGACUGCAGCAUUUAACAUUUCUGGAACAACACUGCAUUCCCUACUCAAGCUCCCUAGAAGCUUAAAACCUCCCAUUCAGGGACUUGGCAAUCAGCUGGAUGAAGUCAGAUCAGAACUUUUGAAUGCUGAAAUAAUCGUCAUUGACGAAGUGUCUAUGGUGUCAAGACAUCUCUUUGCAUAUGUAGAUGCAAGACUCAAACAGAUCAAAGGGACUCGGAGACCCUUUGGAGGCAUGUCAGUCAUUGCUGUUGGAGACUUCUAUCAGCUACCCCCAGUGCGACAGUCUAAACCGCUCUGUGUGCACGACCCGUCUGAGAUCGACCUGUGGCGGGAGCAUUUUCAGAUGAUCACUCUGACUGAGAUUAUGCGUCAGAAAGAUGAUGUUGUCUUUGCUGAGAUGCUGAACAGAAUUCGUGUGAAAGGAAAGUUGGAUGAGCUUUGCGAAGCAGAUAGAAAUUUGUUGUCACAGGCCAUAACUGAACCAGCCCUUUGUCCGACUGAUGCGUUGCACAUUUUUGCAACUAAUAAACAAGUGGAUGCACACAACUCUGCAACACUGGCUCUGCUCCAUACUCAUAUCAUUGACAUCCAUGCAGAUGAUUAUAGAAAGGAUCCUAGAACUGGCAGAAUGGCACUUCAAGACAGACCAUUCAAAGGAGGUAAAAACGAGUUACCAGACACACUGAAAGUUGCAGAAGGAGCUCGUGUCAUGCUCACCAGAAACACUGACAUACAAAAUGGUUUGGUUAAUGGAGCUUUUGGAAAACUACUUAGAGUAGUUUACUCUGAAAAUGACCAACACAUCAUCAAGCUUGGACUUAAAAUGGAUAAUGAGACAUCUGGAAAGAAUAACCGCACACCAGCAGACGACAUGGUGUACAUUGAGAGAGCAGAGGAGAAUCUAAAGCAGAAAGGAGUGGUACGAAGACAGUUCCCAGUGAAGCUGGCCUUUGCAUGUACAAUACACAAGGUACAGGGUAUGACAACCACAUCAGCUGUUGUCUCUCUUAAGAGCAUUUUUGAGCCCGGCAUGGCCUACGUAGCUGUCAGUAGAGUGACGUCUCUCAGUGGACUGUAUCUUCUUGAUAUGGAGGAGAAAAAAAUAUUCACCAACCCAGAAAUCACUGCAGCGCUUGAGAACAUGAGACAAGCCAACCUUGAUGACAUGAUGCCUCUUCUACACGUGAGACAAACACUGAGCAGGUCAGACGUUUUCACCAUUGUUCAUCAUAACACAGAGGGACUGCCAGCUCACAUUAAUGACAUUAAGAGUCACCAUGAAUUGUGUCUAGCAGAUGUUUUGUGCCUAACAGAAACACACCUGCAGGGCUCUUUUGUCGCAGAGAGUCUCCACUUGGAAAAUUACAAUUUGUUCAAACGCAACAGACACCUGUCCUACACAAACUUUCCCCAGAUGGCAAACAAAAGUGGUGGUGGAGUUGCUGUUUAUGUGAAGAGUGACAUUCAAGUGCAUGAAAAACAGUACAUCCAUAAUGUAACUGACCUUGAAUUUCUGGCUUUAAAGCUUGAAGCACCAGUCAGUGCUCUGAUUGCAGUUGUAUACAGACCUCCAGACUACACUCUGAGGCCAUUCCUGAAAAACCUGCCAGAGCGAUGUCUCCAUUCUGGAGUCAUGAAGACCUACCAUAGUUACCAUGACCCUGUAUACUGUGUAUUGUCCUGUGAUGAUUCAUGAUCUAGAUCUUUGAAUACAGUAAGUAAUUUUUAUAUUUCUGAAUGACUUAAGAAAGUAGAGCGAUAUUUGAAAGUUGACUUAAGAAAAAACGCCCUGCAUUGCAGUAUAAUGUUUGAAUUUUUUACAUAAAAUACAAUUAAAUGAAUUAAGUAAUAAUAUCAGUAAAAGAUGACAAUUUUAUUUAUUACAGAUAAUCUAAAAUUCACUUACAGUAAUCUAUGAAUGUCAGAAAAAUCAAAUAUAGCAGUUUAAAAUGAACAGUGCAGGCAUAUCCUCUCUGCAGCCAGGCUUCAACAUCCUGCCAGGCUGCCCCAGUCUCACUGUGGCUGGGAGGGAGGGAGGGUGGACCAGAGGAUUGCCCACACAACACAUAAAUGUUCAACAGCUUCUUCCUUG